CUAUGCGGAUGGACGCCUAUUGAAUAUGCCGGUCACGCGCCGGGCGUAUGCCUUAUAAGUCUAGUUGACGUCAAACGCCGUCCAACUGAACAGAGAUUUGCGUUAAUAGCGGCUCAAGAAGUGGGACAUCCAGUGGACAGAGGGUGCGAGCGAUGGCAGAGGACGGGUAUGUCGUGCGGAUCAGAGGUCUUCCGUGGCAGUCGACCCGCGAGGAGAUCGUCUCCUUCUUCGACGGU